GACGUUGUGAAUUAAUGCGCAAAUCCCCUAUCCAAUAGAUUAUCCAGAAUCAUCUUCUCCCCCCCACUCUCUCUUUUCCAAAACAUAAAUUUCAUCCGCAAACCAAUGGCGCAAAGCCAGCAACAACAAUCUGGAGGAAUUCAAUAAUGGCGUUUAUGCAUCUUCAUCAUCAUCUCCCAUCUCCAUCUCUCUCAUUUUCCAGACCUUCACCGCCGCUUUGCAGAUCAUCAUCUCGUUUCUCUCCCCCAUCAUCUCCACUUCCCUCCCAAAAAUACACUGAUUUCAGCCACCGCCUUCUUCAUCUCCCCCAAAAAUCUCUGAGUUUCGUGCUUUCUGGGGCUCUAGCGCUCGGCAUAACUCUCUCCGGAGUUGGAUUUGCCGAUGCUAAAGUUGGGGUUAACAAACCGGAAUUGCUUCCCAAGGAGUUCACCUCUGUCAUUGAUGUCGCUGGGUUUUUAUCUGAUGGCCAGGAAAUUAGACUCAAACAGGAAAUUGCUGACAUUGAGAAGGAUACUGGAUAUAAAUUGCGAGUUUUGGCCCAAAAUUAUCCUGUGACUCCAGGGCUGGCAAUCAAAGAUUUUUGGCAAGUGGAUGAUAGAACAAUCGUGUUUGUUGCUGAUCCUACAUUUGGUAACAUAUUGAACUUCAAUGUUGGAGCGACGGUGGAUUUAGAUAUUCCAAGGAGCUUUUGGAGCCGUUUGGCUGGAAAGUAUGGAAACAUUUUUUAUUGGAAAGAGAAGGGUGAAGAUUCGUCUAUUGAAUCAGCUGUCAUGGCAAUAUCUAGUUGCUUGAGAGAACCCGUCGGUGCAAAUAACUGUUCCGAGAUAAAGUAAGAGCUUACAGCAUCAAAGAAUUUUGUUAUGUAUUUUUAAACUUGAUUUGUAUGUUCUGACAGUGAUACAUAAUAUAUAGUCUUCUCUUGCUACAACCUGCAUGUCUUAAUUGUUUGUUUUUCUGAUUCAAGAACUUAGCCCAUGUCUAUUACUUGAAAAAGAAAUGGCAGUAGUGAUAUAGGAAGGUAAAAAGGAAUUUGAUUAA